AGUCCCAGACAGAACAUUUUGACACUGUUUUUGUUUCUCAGUAAAACAUAAGAUCGCUUACUUGUUUGUGAUAACAGUAUUGGACGUGCUGCUUCAGAGAAAAGAAAUUAGGUGUAUCAUUUCUUUUGUUAAAUUACUGUGUCUUGUCUUUGGUUAUGUUGGUUGUCUCUAGGGAAAAAAAUCUUUUUUUAGAAGUAUGUUAUGGUACGCUUUUAGUGAAGUAAAUUUUUGAGUGUAAGCAACUGCUGAAAUAUCUUUUUACAGGUUACGUGUCUUGCCUGUGACAAUAAAUCAAAUACCAUAGAACCUUUCUGGGACCUGUCCCUGGAGUUUCCCGAGAGGUACCACUGCAACGGCAAGGAGAUGAUGUCGUCUCAGUAUCCAUGUCUGCUGACAGAAAUGCUGGCCAAGUUUACAGAAACUGAAGCUUUGGAAGGAAAGAUAUAUGCAUGUGAUCAGUGCAACAGUGAGUAAAGGCACAAAACGAAGGAAGUUUUCUUCUAAACCAGUUAUACUCACAGAAGCUCAGAAGCAGCUUAUGGUGUGUCGACUACCUCAGGUUCUCAGAUUACACCUUAAACGGUUUAGGUGGUCAGGACGCAAUCAUCGUGAGAAGAUUGGCGUGCAUGUUAGUUUUGACCAAAUACUAAACAUGGAGCCUUAUUGCUGCAGAGAAUCCCUCAAGUCUCUCCGGCCUGACUGCUUCAUCUACGACUUGUCCGCUGUGGUAAUGCAUCACGGGAAAGGAUUUGGCUCAGGGCACUACACUGCCUACUGCUACAAUUCAGAAGGAGGAUUUUGGGUACACUGCAAUGAUUCCAAACUCAACAUGUGCACUAUGGAAGAAGUAUGCAAGGCUCAAGCCUACAUUUUGUUUUACAGUCAACGACUUACUCAGGCAAAUGGACGUGGUAAAGUACCAUGUCCUAGCACAGCUGAAAGUCAGCAGCACACAGAAUUAGCUGGCUGUUCCAUGGACAACAGUAGCAGCUAAUCCAAAGCCAGUUAACUGUGUGUAUGGUAAAGGUUUGAAUUGUCAUAACUAUGUAUUUGUAAUGAAAGUACAAUAUUGUACUUUUUCAAUGUUUAUAUACUUUCGUAUUAGUUGAAGUACUCUUUACAAUGGUUAGUAAAAGGUUUAUUGACAGUAAGUAACUUUGUAAGUACCUAGAAUUUCAAUACAGCUAUUUUUUUAAGGAAAAGAUUGCUAUGUGCAUUUAACUUUUACCUCAGGCUAUUUUUUUAAGCUGGUUUUGUAUUUUGAUAAUAUUUUUGAAUUGGUUUAGAAAAGUUACUUUCAAUGGACAACUGAUAUUUCUCUGGUUAAUUUUCUGUAUAUGCUUGUGUACAUUUUAUAGUAUAGUUCUAAUGAUACCGUGAUUCUUACUGUCUUGCAGGAAUUGCUACUAGCUCUUAGAAUACUGACAUUCACCAGCAAGGAAUGUUAAACAUGUCAGAUAGCAACUGAAUUUUUGUAGGCAACUUUCUGUGAAAUUCUUUUGCAAUCUUCAGGGGAGCUACACUAAAGAUACGUUGAUAGAAUUUCUUAAAAUCUGAAAUUGAGGAAAUAGAGCAUGAACUUAUUUUCAUGUAAAUAUGUAAGAGGAGUGUUUAAUAACACAAGAAUGUAUUUUUACCAAGACUUCCAUGUUUUAGCCUUAACAAGCCUGACGACUUAAAACUCACGUGCCAAAUUUAAAGUACUAACUUUGACAACUAGGGGCUUUUUAUUCCAAUAACUAAAAAAGCCUUCUUAAACAAACAAAAAAACUCAAUAACCCCCAAACAACACACCCACACUCACCCCACUGUCAUUGCUACAAGAACAUUAGCAUCCCUUUCUUGAAUUGGACAGGCUUACUUAAAGCUGUAGCAAGCGUUGUCUGUCUCAGUCAUCUCUUAACACCAACAACGGAUGAAAAGAAGCUGUAAUGUUUGCAGGAAAGCAACUUCAGUCUGACUGGUUUCAUUACUCACAACUGCUGUACCUUCUACGACAUGGUCCUACCCCUAGCAUUAACAGAGCUGUGCAUCGAGGAGAAUUUAACAAGCAGGAAUUAUCAAUCCUCCACAGACAGUAGUUAAUGCCAGUUAAAUUUUAAUUGUGAAGUUACUUUGCGUAAAUCCUAUGCAAAUUGUUACCUCAUCUUCUGCAAAGUUUAUACCUCAAUAAAAUGCCUUGAUGUGGAAAGAAAA